AUGAACGAGGAGAAACCAACGGAGAACAUUUCUACACCAUCAAAGGCUGCUAUUACAGCAAGAACAUCGCCUUAUACUCACCAUGAAAGACGACGUAUUGCCCAAAACUUCCUGCUUAUCUGGAUGGACACUGGUAUGGAUCCAUCAAAUAAAGAUUGUCAAGUUACCUUGGCCCAAUUACAAAGCGUCGUCAAUGACUGUUAUCAAGGUGAUUAUGAGAAGGCUAUUGAGUGUUACGAAAAAGCACUUAAAUUCUGUCAAGAAACUCUUCGUCCAAAUCAUCCUGAUUUUGCUAGUUCUUACAGCAACAUCGGCGAGGCGUAUCGAAGCAUGGGAGAAUACUCGAAAGCACUUUCAUUUUGCGAAAAAGCACUUGAAAUUGAACAAGAAAUUCAUCCUCCAAAUUAUCCUGACUUGGCUAUAUCCUACAACAACAUCGGUUCACUGUAUGAUAACAUGGGAGAGUACUCGAAAGCACUUUCAUUUCAUGAAAAAGCACUUGAAAUUCAACAAGAAACUCUUCCUUCAAAUCAUCCUGUUUUAGCUACUUCCUACAGCAACAUUGCUGGUGUUUAUUACAAUAUGGGGGAGUACUCCAAAGCACUUUCAUUUUUAGAAAAAACACUUGAAAUCUUCGAAAAAACUCUUCCUCCAAAUCAUCCUGAUUUGGCUACGUCUUACUGCAACAUGGAUGUGAUAUAUGACAAGAUGGGUGAAUAUACGAACGCACUUUCCUGUUAUGAAAAAACACGUAAAAUAUUCGAAGAAACUCUUUCUCCAAAUCAUCCAUUGUUGGCUACUACCUAUAACAACAUCGCUUCAGUGUAUAACAAGAUGGGAGAAUACUCGAAAGAACUUUCAUUUCAGGAAAAAGCACUUCAAAUUGAACAAGAAACUCUUCCUUCAAAUCAUUCUUUAUUGGCUACUUCCUAUAACAAUAUCGCUGAUGUUUAUUACAAAAUGGGGGAGUGCUCGAAAGCACUUUUGUUUUUCCAAAAAACACUUCAAAUCUUCGAAGAAAAUCUUCCUCCGAAUCAUCCUAAUCUGGCUACUGCCUAUAACAACCUUGGUUCAGUGUAUGACAAGAUGGGAGAGUACUCGAAAGCACUUUCAUUUCAUGAAAAAGCACUUCAAAUUGAACAAGAAACUCUUCCUUCAAAUCAUCCUUCAUUGGCUAUUUCCUACAACAACAUCGCUGGUGUUUAUUACAAAAUGGGGGAGUGUUCGAAGUCACUUUUCUUUUUCGAAAAAGCACGUGAAAUCUUCGAAGAAACUCUUCCUUCAAAUCAUCUUUUAUUGGCCAUUUUCUACAACAGCAUCGCUAGUGUUUAUCACAACAUGGGGGAGUACUCCAAAGCACUUUCAUUUUACGAAAAAACACGUGAAAUCUUCGAAAAAACUCUUCCUUCAAAUCAUUCUAAUUUGGCUGCUUGCUACAGCAACAUGGGUUUACUGUAUAUGAGAAAGAAAGACUACUCAAAUGCAUUCUUAUUUCUCGAACGUGCACUUGACGUUUGGCAAAGUUCUUCAUCUCCUAAUCAUUCUGAACUGCAGAGUGUGAAACAAUUCAUCGAAUCGCUAAAAGAAACUGUAAACCGCCGUCAAUGA